CGCUUUUCAAAGACAAGUCUUUUACAUAUUUUAACAACUUCAUUUCUUUGUUUUUCAGUGUCAUUUAAAACACAAACUUGUAAUAUUCCGUAGAAGUUGUUUUAUUUCUCUUCAAGCAUUAUAAAAUGGAAAAAUUAAGCAUUGUAUGUUUACUCUUCAUAAGUUUUUCUAUGUUGGGAUCAGCAGAUGUCGGAAAAUGGAUUGUUAGCAAUCAAGAGAAGAACAUCACCUGUUUAGUUGUGCAAAUGGACAUUAAAGUGAACUUUACCUACACAAUUUCAGAUAAUUCAACCAAAAAUGUUUUAUACACAAUCCCUGUUAAUGAAACUGCAGUUGAUAUGACUGGUAGUAAGUGCGGUGAAAAAGACACUUUAAAGGUUUCAUGGAAGGAAGGCAAUGACUUCGAGAUGACAUUCAGUUCGAAUGGUUCAUUAUAUGAUUUGUCAUUGUUUGUUGUCAAUUUGAACACAUCAAGUUUGUUUAAUGAUUCAUUGGCAAAUCAGACUGUGUCUGUAAACUAUGAGAAUGAAUCAUUCGGCAUCCCGACCAAUCAUUCUUAUCACUGUAACCGUGAACAAAUGUUUAAUGCUACUAAUGGAUAUCUGAUCGUGGCAAAAGUUCAAUUUGAAGCUUUUAAGAUGGACAACACUCAACUUUUCUCAAGAGCUAAAGAUUGUGAUUCGAACAUCACACCGGAUAUUGUUCCAAUUGCUGUUGGUUUGUCUCUCGUCGCCUUGAUUGUUAUUGUUUUGAUCGCAUACAUUGUUGGUCGUCGUCGUCAACAAGCCCGUGGCUAUUUGAAUAUUAUGUAAACGAAAGAAUUGAUCAUUAAUCUCUUAUAGGUCUCCUUUUUAAAGCAGAUUGAUGAUCAAGCUAAAAUCCUAAGAGAGGAGGGUUAAUAUUAGUAUAUGAUCUUGCUCACUACAUUUACUUCAUUUCAUUUCUCUAUUAAAAAAUCAAAUAUCUACAUAUUCUAAUUUUUAAAGGUUUGCUAUGUAUUUUAAGCUUUCUUUAAAGCUAAGGUUGCGCUUUGCUCCCUUAAUUUACUUUGAUUGAUUAAAUUAUUGUGAGCAUAAAAAGUUUUCUUCAAAGAUUUGGCUGAACUGAUUGUAUAAAAAUUUACCUAGAGACUGUCAACUAAAGAAUAUAAAAUAAAAAUAAAUUUAGAAAGUAGCGAAGGUUUGAAAAGAAA